CACUUGAUCAGGACUACAAGAACUCGACGACUGCGUGCCCAAUUUGGUGGCUACAUGUACUCGCAGCGUUUCCUGCCCUUCCCCGACCUCGACCUUUUUCCCAGUACACCAGCACAUCAGCAAUCAUGGCCCCUAGGACAAACGGCAUUGGUGUGCAAGUUGAGAACACCCGCAUCUGCGUGGUGAUGGUGGGUCUCCCGGCCCGUGGAAAGAGCUAUAUCGCACAGAAAGCGCAACGCUAUCUUGCCUGGCUCUCGAUCCCCGCCGCUACAUUCAAUGUCGGCAACUACAGACGCACAGAUGCCCCCCAACCGUCCGCCGACUUCUUCGAACCCAACAACCCGGAGGGAGAGCGCAAGCGUCGCGCUGCUGCCGAGGCUGCGGUAGCCGACAUGCUCAGGUGGUUCAAGAAGGGAGGAGUUGUCGGCAUCCUCGAUGCCACCAAUAGCACAAAAGAGAGGCGCAAAUGGGUCCUCGAUCUCAUGACCCAAAACAACAUUGAGGUCAUCUUUGUCGAGUCCAAGUGCGAUGACGAGAACAUGAUUAUGGCCAACAUCCGCGACGUCAAGACCACCAGUCCCGAUUACCAGGGCCAAGAUCCCGAAACCGCGGCGCUCGACUUCCGCAAUCGCAUACGCAACUACGAAAAGGUGUACAAAUCGCUUAACCAAGACGGCGACGAGGAGGAUUUGACUUUCCUCAAGAUUAUGAACGUGGGGAAGCAAGUCAUCAUCAACCGCAUCCGCGACUACCUGCAAAGUCGUAUUGUGUACUACCUCAUGAACUUGCACAUUCGCCCUCGAACAGUAUGGCUGUCAAGGCACGGCGAGUCCAUGCUCAAUCUCGAAGGCCGUAUUGGUGGCGAUGCCGAGCUAUCGCACAGAGGUGAAGAGUAUGCGCGGAAGCUCCCCGAGCUAGUAAGAGAAUCCGUUGGUAGCGACCGCCCUUUGACAGUAUGGACAUCAACACUAAAGCGCACCAUUGCCACGGCGCGCCACCUACCAAAACAUUACAACCAGCUACAAUGGAAGGCCCUGGACGAGCUCGACGCCGGCGUGUGCGACGGCAUGACGUACCAAGAGAUUGCGGACAUGUACCCAGAUGACUUCCAAGCGCGCGACGAAGACAAGUACAACUACCGGUAUCGCGGAGGCGAAAGCUACCGCGACGUGGUGAUUCGACUGGAGCCCAUCAUCAUGGAGCUGGAGCGUAGUGAGGACAUUCUCAUCAUCUCGCAUCAGGCCGUGAUCCGCUGCAUAUAUGCAUACUUUAUGCAAAAACCGCAAGAAGAAAGCCCCUGGGUUCCCGUGCCGUUGCACACGCUGAUCAAGCUGACACCGAGGGCGUAUGGGACCGAGGUGCAGACUUACAAGGCCAACAUCCAGGCUGUUAGCACGUGGAGAGGAAAGGGGAGCACGGCAAAGCAUGAGGACCCUAGUCCCGAGAAAAGUCUUUUCCAGACUCACUAGAGGACGGGAAAAGCGAAGGAGGAUAACGAAAGACUACAUACACAUAAGCAAAGACGUUGAUAUAUAAUACCCCCUAUUACUACUACCAUAUACCUCGCUACACUGCAAUACGAAAGUUGCGGGUUCUUUUUACAGACGAUGGGAAAACAUUUGGCACCAAAGAAGGGUU